UCUCUCUCUGCAAAUCCCAACCCCUUUCGUUUUCUCUUUGAUCGAAGCCAUGGCCGCGUGUGCAAGCUUCGCCAAGCUCAGCUCCUUGUCUUCCCCCUGGAUCUCCAACAACUCCUUCUCUUCCCGCACCGGAUCCUCGUCUCUCCUCGCCACUCGCCGUGUCUCCCUCCCGAUCCGCGCCACCUCUUACUCCGACGAACUCGUCAAAACCGCUAAAACUAUUGCAUCUCCUGGUCGUGGAAUUCUUGCCAUUGAUGAGUCCAAUGCCACCUGUGGGAAGCGGUUGGCAUCGAUAGGAUUGGACAACACCGAGGUCAAUCGUCAGGCCUACAGGCAGCUUCUGCUGACCACACCCGGCCUUGGUGAAUACAUUUCUGGUUCCAUUCUCUUUGAGGAAACCCUUUACCAGUCAACAACCGAUGGAAAGAAGUUUGUUGAUUGCCUUCGUGAGCAGAACAUUGUGCCUGGCAUCAAAGUUGAUAAGGGCUUGGUCCCACUACCAGGAUCAAACAAUGAAUCUUGGUGCCAAGGGCUAGAUGGAUUGGCUUCAAGAUCUGCUGAAUACUACAAGCAAGGUGCUCGAUUUGCCAAGUGGCGGACAGUUGUUAGCAUUCCAUGUGGUCCUUCUGCAUUAGCUGUUAAGGAAGCAGCAUGGGGACUUGCACGAUAUGCUGCUAUCUCUCAGGACAAUGGCCUUGUUCCAAUUGUAGAGCCGGAAAUUCUUCUAGAUGGUGAUCACCCGAUUGAGAGGACAUUAGAAGUGGCAGAGAAGGUCUGGUCAGAAGUCUUCUUUUAUUUGGCUCAAAACAAUGUCAUUUUUGAGGGAAUUUUGCUCAAACCUAGCAUGGUUACACCUGGGGCCGAGCACAAGGAAAAGGCUUCUCCAGAAACCAUUGCCAAAUAUACACUUACCAUGCUUAGAAGAAGAGUUCCUCCUGCAGUCCCUGGAAUCAUGUUCUUGUCUGGUGGACAAUCUGAAGUGGAAGCAACACUGAACCUUAACGCAAUGAACCAAAGUCCCAACCCAUGGCACGUUUCAUUUUCAUAUGCACGAGCUCUGCAGAACACUGUGCUCAAGACAUGGCAAGGACGCCCCGAGAAUGUGGAAGCGGCUCAAAAGUCUCUUUUGGUGCGCGCAAAAGCAAACUCCUUGGCUCAGUUGGGAAGAUAUUCUGCCGAGGGUGAAAGCGAAGAAGCCAAGAAGGGAAUGUUUGUCAAGGGCUAUACCUACUAGAAGCCUUUGGCACAUAAGUUAACCAUCUUUCUCGUUCGUAAUUAGCAUCAGCAAAAUCUGAGAAGGACUUAGAUGGUGUUGUAUUUUUGUUUUCCUUUCAACACUUAGCAACUGAGUUUGAAUAAAGUGGGAGCAAGUAAGCAAGCUUUUCUUGGUGCCACUCCAGGUUGGCCUUAAGUUUAAUUUCGGAAUUGGAAAAAACAAAAGUAAAACGAAGUUUAUUACUUAGUUAUUAUUUGUGCUAUUAUUCAUAGCUUUUGUUCAAUACUCAAUAGUGCCAUUUGUGAUAGGAAACUAAAUAUUGGGCUGUAUAUCGGAUCCUUUAUGAGUGCAAUAUUUAGUAUUGAGAAGUGCGAAUAAUCGCUCAGUUUUUCUU